UCCGUUUGCAAAGCUGGCCGAAAAGCCGAACCGAAAGCCAGAGGGAGGGUUCAAACUCCGGCCUCGAGGCCCUCUGGCUCGCAUUGCGAGUGCUUGCAUGGCGCGGAAGUCCUUCUCCGAAACCCGGCUUUGCGGGGAUCGCAAGGAGAGCGGCGGGCUUGCCGGGUUCCCCUGUAUCAAAUCACAUCCUUGUAACACGCGUUCAGAAUCAUGCCACGUGUGAUUGCUAACGAGGUCCCCCUUGAGGGGCAACGUUGCCCCGUCAAUCAGUCAACAGUAUGUGAAAAGAUCAUGGAGCUGCUGGGUCAAAAUGAGGUUGACCAUCGUCAACGGAAGGUCGUCAUUCUCAGCCAAGAUCGAUUCUACAAAGUCCUCACUGCAGAACAGAAAGCCAGAGCCUUAAAGGGGCAGUACAAUUUUGAUCAUCCAGAUGCUUUUGACAACGAUUUGAUGGAAACGACGUUGAAGAACAUCAUCGACGGUCAAGCGGUGGAGGUCCCGACGUACGAUUUUGUGACCCAUUCCAGAUUGCCCGAGACUACUAUGGUUUACCCUGCCGACGUGCUCCUGUUUGAAGGGAUUUUGGUCUUCUACAAUCAAGACAUCCGAGACAUGUUUCACCUCCGCCUCUUUGUUGACACCGAUUCGGAUGUCAGGUUGUCUCGGAGAGUUCUCCGGGAUAUGAAGCGGGGAAGAGACUUGGAACAGAUUUUGACCCAAUACACAACUUUUGUUAAGCCUGCCUUUGAAGAAUUCUGUUUGCCGACCAAGAAAUACGCAGAUGUGAUUAUCCCUCGAGGAGUGGAUAACAUGGUGGCUAUAAACCUGAUCGUGCAGCACAUCCAGGACAUUCUCAGCGGCGACCUUUGCAAGUGGCACCGUGGGGCGGCGAAUGGGCACGGCCGCUCGUCCAAGAGGCCUUUCCCGGAACAGGCCGACAGCAUUCCCCUCCUCGCCUCCGGGAAAAGGUCCCACCUCGAAUCCAGCAGCCGGCCCCACUGACCGGCUCAGGAGCUUGGGAUGCUCCUCCACACCAGCUGGACUUGGCAGACGCUCUGGGGGUCCCUUAACAAGCCAGCCCUUCGCUCAGAGGGUGGAUUAGCUUUUCUUCCCCAAACAGUACCUAAACGAGCCCCGGUUUGUUUGGGACGAAAUCCUGAAGUAAACUGUGGGUGGAUCCGUCCUCCCUCCCUCUCCUUCCCUUCUUUUCUUCCUUCCCUCUCCCUCUCCCUCUCCCUCUCCCUCCCUCCCUCCCA